AUGGCAGGCUGUAAGUUGGUGCUAGAAGGAAGAGUUAGUAUAAACGCGUUUGUUUUAGGCCUCAGCGUGAUUGUAAUCCCACUUAUCAGGACCUUUUUUGGACGUCUUGACUGGGUCUUUGAUUAUCUGACAGAAACUCCCGGGAAAAUCGCGAUUUGCUUUCAUAUUGCAGUUGUUAACGGCCUCUUGCUAACCAUUUACAGGGGACCUCUGUACAAGGUUGCAGUGAGAGCGUGUUUUCUGGGAGUCACUUUUGGUCUUGGCUUAAUUAUCAGCUUCUCUGACACCACAUGGACCCAUUUUGGCUGGUACAUGUGCUCCCUGUCGUUCUUCCAUUACUCCGAGUACCUGGUGACGGCCAUCAUCAACCCUCGGAGCCUGUCCCUGGACUCGUUCCUGCUCAACCACAGCGUGGAGUACACGCUGGCUGCUGUGUCAUCAUGGGUGGAGUUCACUGUGGAGAAGCUCACAGUUCCAGAGCUGAAGCAGCUGAGCUGGCUGAGUUUCGUGGGUCUGAUCAUGGUGCUCUGCGGUGAGGGCCUGCGGAAGGCGGCCAUGUUGACGGCUGGAUCCAACUUCAACCACAUCGUCCAGAAUGAGAAGGCCCAGAGCCACGUGCUGGUCACCAGCGGGGUCUACUCCUACUUCAGGCACCCGUCCUACGUGGGCUGGUUCUACUGGAGCACAGGGACACAGGUCAUGCUGUGUAACCCCAUUUGUAUAUUGGGCUACACGAUAGCCAGCUGGAGGUUUUUCCGGGAGCGGAUCGAGGAGGAGGAGCUCUCCCUCAUCCACUUCUUUGCUGAGGACUAUGUGGAGUACAAGAAGAGGGUUCCCACGGGCCUGCCCUUCAUCUCAGGGAUCCGCGUUAACUAGUCCUGAGCUGGAUUCUGGACUGAGCAGACUUUAAGCGCUGAAGCAGGUCAAACCUGGUGGGUGUGUGUAGCGUCUGUCAUGGCGGCCGGCUGCCCUCCGUUGGAGCUCCGAGCAGCCGGCUGAGAGCUGCAGCUCACAAACAGAGACGGUGAUGGCUGGGACGGCGGCACGCAGCUGGGCUGCUGAUUUUCUACCAACUUCCAAAAUCCAGUUAAAGACCAGGAAACCUCCACUGUACUCGUUUACUCCAAUAAUAUCAGCUUCGUGUGUUUCUGUUGUGUUUCUGUUUGCAUGCUCAGUGUUUCCACUGAUGACCUGUCGACUUUAAACAAUGCUGCACUGGACCCACGAGCACCAGGAGGAUGUUAGAGACUCACUUUGGCUCUUUAGAUGGAGGAGUUUCAAAGGAAAUCCAAAGUUUAAAGCUUUUCCACUGUAUAGGGUUAUCAGUGUUUUUAAAACUUAUCACCAUGUUCUCUAAAUGAAAAAUGUCCUUUUGGAUAUCAGACAGACAUCACUGAAGGGUUCACGAUACCAGAUCUUCAAACUUCACACUAGUAAGAAUAAACAAAACAAGCUUUUCUGACUAUUAUCAGUAUCUAAGAGGAAGCACAGACAUCCUCCCCUGUGAUGUAGCCUCUUUUGUGUUUUUCUUGUUUUAUUUAUGUGUUGUUCAUUGUUAAGUUUGUGUUUGUGAUAAGUUACCAUCAUUAACGGUAUCAUCCUUUCCACCACCAUCAGCUCGUCUGUCGUUUAUGCUCACUUUGUUACAAACCGACCAAAUGACUGAGAUGUGCGUGGAUGAGCGAGGCUGCCUCUGCCUCUCUCCCAGAUAUCUGAGUGGCUCUACACUGCUGCUAUUCACUCUUUAAACACUGAUCUUAUUGUGUGUGAGAGAAAACAAGUCAAGGGGAUGAGUGAGAAGGUCAGUAAAGAGCUCAGUAACUUAAUAAAGAGAACCAUUUAGAGUUGA